AUCCAUAAUAGCAUGUUGGAAAAGCAAACAAAAAAACGGAAGGUUGCGGAUGAGCACAGGCAUUUCCAAGAAAAGUGGAAAUUUGAUUAUUUUUUCACUUUCGUCGAAGAUAAAGCUGUAUGCUUAAUAUGCUCAGAGACUGUGUCGACAUUAAAAGAAUAUAACAUAAAAAGGCAUUACGAUACAAAACAUGAACAACAAUAUAAAAACUUAACAGGACAACUCCAGAUAGAUAAGUUUAAUCAAAUGGAGAAAAUCUUGGAAAAACAACAGGCUAUUUUUAAAAAUCAAGCUAUUUUAUCAAAUACGGCAGUAAAGGCAAAAAAAAUGAAACCCUUUGCAGAUGGAGAGAUGAUAAAAGAAUGUCUGACUGCUGUUGCAGAAAUAGCAUUUCCUGAUAAAAUAAACAUUAUUUCAAACAUUAGUUUAUCAAGAUUCACCGUUGCAAGGAGAAUUGAAGACUUGUCCGAGAACAUAGCAACAACGCUUCGUGAACGCAUUGCAAAAUUCGAAUACUGUUCUUUGGCACUUGAUGAGAGUUGCAAUAUUAGUGAUACAGCACAACUGGCUAUAUUUUUACGUGGUAUUGACACCAAAUUUAAUAUUACCGAAGAAUUGUGUUCACUGAUUCCAAUGCAAGGGACUACAACCGGCAAAGACCUGUACGAUGAACUAAAGUCUGUGUUGGAAAAUUUUUCAAUUUCAUUAGAAAAGAUUAUCGGUAUAUCAACAGAUGGAGCACGAGCAAUGUCAAGCAUGGAGGUAGGAGUAUCGGGAAGGCUAUUUCAAGACAUUAAGAAGGUCACAGGAAGGGAAAUAUUCAUUAACCACUGCAUAAUUCACCACGAAAAUUUGUGCGCGAAAAGAUUGAGUUUGCCAAAUGUCACAGUACCAAUAAUUAAACUAAUCAAUCUUAUAAAGUCGUGCGCGUUAAAUUUAAAGAAUUCCUGAAAGAUUUAGAAACUGAAUAUGGCGACGUGGUUUUUAAUACCGAAGUACGUUGGCUUAGUAAAGGUACAAUGCUAAAAAGAGUAUACAACUUAAAAAGCGAAAUACAAUUGUUCUUGGAUAUGAAGGGAUAUGCCUUUCCUCAUUUUGGUAAUAAAGAAUGGAUGUGCGAUUUUGGGUUUCUUAUCGACAUGACUCAGCAUCUCAAUGAUCUUAA